AUGUCUUACGGAAGUACCCCAUAUACAGCGCCACCACCUAAUUACGACGAGGAAUCUCAUCAGCCGUUACUCGGCAAUCAAACCGAUGAUGACAUGUUCAAGGAAUUCAUUGCGAAUAGCUCCAAAGAAGUUCGACUUCAAUUUGUCAGGAAGGUUUAUUCUAUUCUGGCAACGCAAUUAUUCGCAACGUCAGCUUUAUCAGCAUUUUAUAUGCUCAAUGAUUCUGCAAGAUACUGGGUGCAGUCCAAUCAAUGGAUGGUAAUUGUUUCGAUGCUCGGUACAUUAGGUUUAAUAUUCGUUCUUUUCUGGAAAGCAAGGUCAUAUCCUGUAAACUAUGUUCUUCUGGGUGCUUUUACAUUGUUGGAGGCACAUGCGGUUGGCACGAUUGUUACAUUCUAUAAUCAAAAAAUUGUAUUACAGGCACUACUGAUAACUUUAGGUGUAUUUGUUGGUCUUACUAUCUUCACUCUUCAAUCCAAAUGGGAUUUUACAGGAUUAGGGCCUUUCUUAUAUGCGGGUAUUUGGAUAUUGCUCAUUGCAGGCGUUGUGCAGAUGUUCUUCCCAUUCUCCAAGGGUAUUCAACUUGCAUUUGCGGUUGGUGGUGUGAUUAUUUUCAGUGGUUAUAUUCUGCUUGAUACAUACCUGAUUUUCUACCGAUAUUCUGCAGAGGAUUACAUUAUAGCAUCAGUUAGUCUCUAUUUAGACGUAAUCAAUCUUUUCUUACGUAUCUUGAAAAUUUUGGACUUGACGAGCAAUGAUAACUGA